AUGCAACCGCCUCGUCCUACGCAACCACAUCGUCCCAUCCUGCUUACUGUUCCAAAACCAUCCAUCAACAGGCCAGGGCCGUCCAGAACCCAUGAUGGGCCACCUCAAAGCGAAAAUAAUGGCGAGCAUCCAGCGCCUGAAGAUGCCGGUCGAGAAACUCCGCACCCGACAGAAAGACACGAUAAGUUCAUCACGUCAACAUCACCCACGACAGUGUACAUUGCCGUCCUCCUUGUCUUUUUCGUCAGCUCUCUCGAACAGCAGACUAACAGCAGCUUGUUUAUUUAUGUUUUAAGCUUGUUUUCACAGCAUCCAGCUAUCGCUUAUAUUGGAAUGGCCGUCAAUAUUUUGAGCGGGCUGGUCAAUAUAGUCUAUACCAACAGCCUCAAAGGCGGUUCUUAUUUCACCUGUUUCUUCUCGGUUGUGCUGGUGACGUCUAUAGGCUUUGUUAUUAGUGCUACCUGCAAGACAUCUUGGAGUCUUGCUGUUGGUCAGCUUAUCACCUGUUUUGGAUACCAAGCGUUGUCUUAUAUCCUGGACGUUAUCAUUUGUGACAUUUCGUCGUUGGAAAACCGAGCUUGGCUUCUGGCCUUGAGUCGAUCCCCGUAUAUCGUCAACACAUUCGUUGGUCCCAACCUCGCCCAAAAGAUCUUCCAGAAAGGCUCGUGGCGCUUAGCAUACGGAAUUUCCGGCGUGAUUCUGCCAGCAAUGUGUGCCCCCUUAGGUGCAAUUCUUGCCAUUGAGGUGGCCAAGACAAAAGCUACACCUCAGAGAACAAACUCUCUGCCAUUAUGGAAAGAUAUGGGUCGUCUUAUACUCGAAACUGAUGUAAUCGGCUUGCUAAUGUUCUCCGCCGCAUCGGGGUUGUUAGCAGCCCUCAGCGCAUCAUCUUCAGCGUAUGAGGACGUGAAGAGUCCACGGAAAGUUCUCGAAAUUGUCGCCGGGGUUUUAUUUUGGAUAUCGUUCGUCAUAUGGGAGGUAUCCUAUGCUCCUCGUCGUUUCGCAGCCUUCCACUUGCUAAUCAAUCCGACCGUACUGGGAGCAUGCCUUGGAGGUGCAGCCCUACUUACCAGCUUCCACUGCUUGGAUGCAUAUUUCCUUUCAUACAUCCAGGUCGUUUACAAUAUCUCCAUCUCGCGAGCUGGAUACAUAUACAAUAUUCACGCCAUUGGUGCCUGUUGUUUUGCGAUACUUGCUGGAAUUUCAAUUCGAGCUACGGGGAAGUUCAAGUGGCUAGCACUUUCUGCUAUCGCAUGGCAUUUCAUAGCAACAGGCCUUCUUUUUUAUUUCCGCCAACCCAAAAGAAACAUUGUCCAGAUUGCCGUUUCUCAAUUACUGAUUUCCAUAUCCGGAGGGGCGCUGGGGAUAUGUGGGCAAAUGGCGAUAUUAGCAGUACACACUCAUACUGAACCAGCCACCGUCCUGGGUUUGCUUUUUUUCUGCACAAGUUUUGGUGCAGCGGUUGGGCAAACAAUAGCAUCGGGAAUAUAUACCUUCUACAUGCCCAGAGCGCUAGAAACACACCUUCCUGCUGAUGUUAAGCCGUGGGGGCGCAUCAUAUACAGCAGCCUGAUCCAGCAGUUGAGUUAUCCGAUGACCAGCCCGAUAAGACAGGCCGUUAUCACAGCAUACAACGAGGUCAUGCAACAUUUGUGUAUAGCAGGACUGUGCGUGCUUCCUAUUGCCUUGCUCUCGAUCACCAUGUGGCAGAACGUCAGCGUCAAAAAGGGCAAGCCGAAUGAGAAUGGAGCUCCCUAG